AAUGUUGAGUUAGAGACUAGAGAGAGGUUACACUAGCCAGAGUGAGACAGGAACACACAGAAAGGGUUUUUUCUAGAGAGAGAAAGAGAGUUAUAUAUAUCUUCUUGACAGUCGCGGCGGAUUGUCAUCUUCCAUACACAGCCUCCAUAUACAUAAUUGUUACUGUAUUAUUAACACGCUCGUGUAGUUACUCUUUUGCUAUAGAGAUCUGUGGAGAGAUUAAUCGAGAGAGAUGAGUAACAGCAGAGGAGGAAACAAUGGCGGCGUGGCUUCAAUUCCUGCGGCGUCAAGAAAGAUGGUCAUGGAAUUGAAGGAGAUCGUUAAUAACAGUACAGAAGCGGAGAUCUAUGCUACUCUUAAAGACUGUCACAUGGACCCUAAUGAAGCUGUUAAUCGUCUUCUCUCUCAAGAUCCUUUCCGUGAGGUGAAGAGCAAACGAGACAAGAAAAAGGAGACAAAGGAUUCAACAGAAUCAAGGUUUCGUAGUGGUAGUAACACUUCAAACCGUGGUGCCAGAAGUGGUACUGAUCGGUAUGGAGGACGUGGUGGCUCAACUCAAUUCAGCUCUUCUGACUCCGGUGCUUUGCAUGGCAAAGUUGGUUACAGGAAGGAAAAUGGUGCGAACCAUUAUACAAAUUCUUCGUCCACAGCUCCUGGGAUUGCAUCACGUGGCAAGUUUCAGCGCCCUCCAGCACCCAGUGAUUUCGUGACCAGUGAAAAUAAAGCAUCUGCAUUAAGCAUGGGAGAUGGUAACAUAACAGCUUCACAACCUUCUACUGGAUAUCAACCUGCCUGGGUUGGGGGACAUGGUCAAAAAUCGAUGGCUGACAUUGUAAAGAUGGGAAGGCCACAGAGCAAGGUUUCCAGCAUACCGACACCAUCUCAGUACAGUGGUGAUCAUGGCUCAAAAGUUUCAGAUGUAUACACUGAGCCAGUGUCUGCUCCUGACGAAUGGCCCAUAAUUGAGCCACAGCAAGCAAGCAUGUCUGUUUACAACUCUCAUACAGAUUCCCAGCUGCACCCAGAUCAAUCUACCAUGCAUCCAGAUGAUAUUAAUCAGCAAACCCAUAUUGAGCCUGACGAGGUUGAGGUAGAGGAGGAUAGUUCGGUUGAAAACCUUGACCAUGUUGGUUCUGCUACUGUUUCGAGCAGAAAUAUGCAGGCAGAUAAUUCUGGAGAUGCAUCUCUAUUUGAUAAUGACAUGUAUAAGAACAUGAGUUCCUACCAGGCUCAUCCUCAUGCUUUCCAGAGCGAGGAAGUGGAAGACAUCGGUGCCUCGGUGCCAUCUGAGAUUGCCAACAUGCAUCAACUAAGUAUACAGGAUGAGGAUCAUGAGGUGGCAUAUGAGGAAGAUGUUCCUUCUGUUGUAAUUCCGAAUCACCUUCAAGUUCAGAGUGCGGACUGCUCACACUUGAGUUUUGGUAGCUUCGGAUCUGCUCCUGUUACCGGAUAUUCCGACCCUUUUACAUCUAGAUCAUCUAGAAGUAACAUAGAAGAGACGCUUGUAGAGACAGACGCUCCGGUGAUUGAGCAAUCAGACAAUAGAAAUUCCGAGUAUUAUGGAGAUGAGUCUAUUAGAACUGUCGCAGAUGGUAAUUUGGUUCAUAGAACUAGUGGAGGUGAUGCAGGUUUUGAAUCACAGUCUGUUCCACAAGCAGAUGUGUUAAAGCAGGAAAACUCUGAAGCGGCACACACGAGUCAAUAUGCCUUUCCCUCUUCUUCGCCUGGGUAUACAUUUGAAAAUGCGCAACAGCUGAAUGCUGCAUUCAAUUACUCCCAGACGAGUGCACAAAUGCAAAAUCUUACUCCCUUCUCUAACUCAGUGGCCUCUUUGCCAAAUACUUUGUUGGCUUCAAAUAUUCAUCCGGUAAGAGAGUCUGAAUUGCCGUACUCACCUUUCCCUAUGUCACAGUCAAUGCCUACCAAAUAUGGAAACACAGUGUCUUCCAUUGGCGGUUCUUCAAUCUCUGUUGCAGAGGCUUUAAAAGGUUUCCAGUCAGCUCAAGCUGCACCGCAGAACCCAUCUGGUACUAGUGUCGCCACAGGACCUGCCCUCCCUCAACACCUUGUGCAUCCUUACUCUCAACCCACUCUUCCUUUGGGACCUUUUGCCAAUAUGAUUAGCUAUCCUUUCUUACCACAGAGCUAUACAUAUAUGCCAUCUGGUUACCAGCAAAUGAUUGCUGGUAACAACACGUACCAUCAAUCUUUGGCAGCUGUUCUACCUCAAUAUAAAAGUAGUGUAUCAGUUAGCAACUUGCCUCAGUCUGCAUCUGUUCCUUCGGGAUAUGGUGCUUUUGGGAGUUCAACUACUAUCCCAGCAAACUAUGGCAUGAACCCAUCCGCUGCUUCCCCAGGAGCAUCUACUAUGGGUUAUGAUGACAUGUUAAGUUCACAGUACAAGGACAGCAAUCAUCUAAUAUCCCUUCAACAGAAUGAUAACUCAGCUAUGUGGCUUCAUGGGCCUGGUUCUAGAACAAUAUCGGCUGUUCCAGCAAGUACAUAUUACAGCUUCCAGGGUCAGCAAGGUCAGCAGCCUGGCGGAUUUCAGCAAGGUCAGCAGCCUUCACAAAACUAUGGAAAUCUUGGUUAUCCAAAUUUCUACCAUUCUCAGACCGGUGUAUCGUUGGAGCAUCAGCAGCAAAAUCCUAGAGAUGGGGCUCAUAGUGGUUCUCAAGGCCAACCAAAGCAGUCGCAGCAGAUAUGGCAAAACAGCUACUAACUUUGUCACCUCCUGGUUUUUAAGGGUCUUGUACUGAGUUUGAACGUGGCCAGCUAAGCAUUUCUGUUGCUUGAAUAAGAUAAAAUUGUCUCGAGAGGAAGUGUGAUAUGCUGCUGCCCUGUGCCGUGAGAGGUUGUAUUCUACGUAUUUAUGUCAGUUACAAUCAGUUAAAUGUAACGUAGGUACUACUUAUGAGUGUGCUAAUUUGAGUUAGUUAACAUUUUACUUGAAUGCUUUUUGAAAGUUCGUUUUGUUUCUUGUCUUUUUAUCCUAGGUUUCAAGUAGUCGAGUAUUAUGGAACAUGACAAUCAUCGUUUAUAGGUUUGAUUUUAUUUGAUUGUCAGAGGUCAUAACGUGUAUAAGCAAGCAAGUUAAUCGGAAAACUAAUACCAUGUUUUCUCUUACCGUA